AUGGCGACCAUCCUGAUGGACGGUAGUGGUCUCUCCCAGGACGACCGCACCUCCGUCCACAGGGCUGGAGGGCUCACUGAACGGUUUGAUGAAGGUGAAAAUGUAAGUCAUGAUGCUGUGGCCUUCACAGUCACCACAUCUCAACCCAGUGGAGAACCGCUACUUAGUGUCGGGAUUUACAAACCCUUGUCGGCCAAGAACAUUUCAACGGCAGUGAACAUCUUGCCCAUUGAAAGGAUCAACCUUCUGGCCUCUUGGGAACAGGACAGUCCCUGUAACCGCCAAAUCCCCCCAGAAGUGCCAACAACAACAACGACGAUAUUAACAACAGCAACAGCAGCAAUAACAACAACAAUAAGAGCAACAACAAUACAGAGGGUCCCUGAGAUCGAAGGUACUGAGGUGCAGUCUGCCGCCCCGACAGCAGCACCGGUGUUUGUCACGAGCGCUAGCAUCCUCCUCAGCCGUACGAGUGCCUCUCCAACUCCCGGCCUGGAUGACAUCCAGCCCGCUGAGAAGGACUCCGAGCUUCCAAACCUGGUGCCCGAGAGUCCAGUGGAGCAGGUCCUGGAGUUCAGUAUCGACCUGGUGGAUCCGGGCUACAGAGAGCUGCUGGACGACCCAGACUCCCCGCAGUACAUCGACCUGGCUCACCACCUACAGGACCAGAUGCAGCAUGUUUUUGAUAAACUUCCAGGAUUUAAAGCCAUCCACGUCCUGGGAAUCAGCGAGACCCAGGACACUGACGGACCCGGAGGUGUCACAGUGCACUACUCUCUCCUCUUUGAGAUCAGUUCACCUGACAGUUCAGAGGCUGCAACCCAGGCACCAGAGUCCUUGGCUGACCCCGGACUCAGAGAAUUGGUGACCAAGGCGUUGCGUGAAGAGGCCACUCUGCCUAUUGAUCUGGAUUCACUUAAUUUUGAACCAGAGGCAGAUCUCCUACCAGUUUUGCCAUCAGCCUCCUCGACUACAGAGGGAGAGAGUGAAAGUCUUGAGGUAGAGUCCAGUGAGCCAGAAUCACACAAUGAGUUGGAAGUUUCUACUGAUGAGCUGGAGGCCGAUAAACCUCAGCAGGCAGGUCCCCUCAACCCCAUGGAGAAGGAAAACGCCCUAGUGACCCUACUGGAUCCUACAGCUGUUCCAGAUGGAGAGACAACGCCCAUCCCUGAGGAAACUGGGGAGGCAGACAGUAGUGAACAGCCAAAAGACUCAGAGGAUAUUACCCAUGAGGCAGAGGUAAUUGAUGUGAGUCAGCCUUCAGAUGAAGAAGAGGACGAAGUGCCAAUCAUUAUACAUGAGAUUGAGACUAUUCAUCAUGAGGAAACAGGUGAACUUGUGAGAGACUACAUCCCAACCACUCCUGUGAUCCUUCAGCUAGAACCAGAUGCCCCAAAUAUCAGGUUCUCCCCUAACCUGAUAUCAGAGGAGGACCUGGUUCCUGUUGACAACAGUGAAAAUCCUAGUUUGGAUGUCGUCCAGCCUACCUCCACAACACAGCUUCUCUUCUCUACAGUUUCUGCUGGAGAGGAGACAUCUGAUUUAGGACUGCCUGUCACAACACUAUCAGCCAUCACAGGCCAACCACCUACUGAACCAAUUGUGGGCCUUCAAGAAGAUGACAAACUUAAUGUUCUUCCAGAUGAGGAGGAAACUAACUUGGAUGUUCCUGAACAUUAUGACCCGAGUGAGGUUCCAGAAGCAGAGGAUGAGGUUGUUUCAGACUUAGAAAGUGAAGUUGAGAUUAAAGAACCAGAGGUAGAUUCUGUAGUAGAUGCUGAGGAAGGCAUAGCUGAGGUUCUGGAGCCAAUAGAUGAGGCAACUGAGGUAUUUGGACUAGAGGAAGAGAAAGAAGAAGGUUCAGAAUCAGAAGUAGUUGAGGUUUUAGAGGCAACAGAUGAGGUGACUGAGGUUUUGGAACCAGAAGAAGAGAAAGUGGAAGUUUCAGAAUCAGAGGAAAAGGUAGUUGAGGUUUUAGAAUCUGAAAAAGAAGUAGCUGAGGAUUUAGAGCCAAUAGAUGAGGUGACUGAGGUUUUGGAACCAGAGGAAGAGAAAGCAGAAGGUUCAGAAUCAGAAGUAGUUGAGGUUUUAGAGGCAACAGAUGAGAUAACUGAGGUCUUAGAACCAGAGGAAGAGAAAGCAGAAGAUUCAGAUUCAGAAAUAGUUGAGGUUUUAGAGGCAACAGAUGAGGUGACUGAGGUUUUGGAACCAGAAGAGAAAGUGGAAGUUUCAGAAUCAGAGGAAGAGGUAGUUGAGGUUUCAGAACCUGAAAAAGAAGUAGUUGAGGAUUUAGAGCCAGUAGAUGAGGUGACUGAGGUUUUGGAACCAGAGGAAGAGAAAGCAGAAGGUUCAGAUUCAGAAAUAGUUGAGGUUUUAGAGUCAACAGAUGAGGUGACUGAGGUUUUGGAACCAGAGGAAGAGAAAGUAGAAGUUUCAGAAUCAGAGGAAGAAGUAACCAAGGUUUCAGAACCCGAAGAAGAAGUAGUUGAUGAUUUAGAGCCAAUGGAUGAGAUAACUGAGGUUUUAGAAGUAGAUGGAGAGGAAGCAGAGGGUUCAGAAGUAGUUGAAGUUUUAGAGGCAACAGAUGAGGUGACUGAGGUUUUGGAACCCGAAGAAGAGAAAGUGGAAGUUUCAGAAUCAGAGGAAGAGGUAGUUGAGGUUUUAGAACCUGAAAAAGAAGUAGUUGAGGAUUUAGAGCCAAUAGAUGAGGUGAUUGAGGUUUUAGAACCAAUGGAAGAGAAAGCAGAAGGUUCAGAAUCAGAAGUAGUUGAGGUUUUAGAGGCAACAGAUGAGGUGACUGAGAUUUUGGAACCAGAAGAAGAGAAAGUGGAAGUUUCAGAGUCAGAGGAAGAAGUAACUGAGGUUUCAGAACCUGAAAAAGGAGUAGUUGUGGAUUUAGAGCCAAUAGAUGAGGUGAUUGAGGUUUUAGAACCAGAUGGAGAGGAAGCAGAGGGUUCAGAAGUAGUUGAAGUUUUAGAGGCAACAGUUGAGAUGACUGAGGUUUUGGAACCAGAAGAAGAGAAAGUGCAAGUUUCAGAGUCAGAGGAAGAAGUAACUGAGGUUUUAGCACCUGAAAAAGGAGUAGUUGAGGUUUUAGAGGCAACAGAUGAGGUGACUGAGGUUUUAGAACCAGAGGAAGAGAAAGUAGAAGUUUCACAACCUGACAAAGAAGUAUAUGACGGUUUAGAGCCAACAGAUGAGGUAACUGAUGUUUCAGAACCAGAGGAAGAAAAGGUGGAGGUUUCAGAACCAAACGAAAAGGUUAUGGAAGGUCCAGAAGAAGAGGAAGAAGAAGAGCUUGUUGAAUCUCUAGCACCAGUUCAAGUUCCGGAUGUCCCAGCUUCAGAACCUGAAUCAGAAUCAGAGACAGGCGUAGAUGAAGUUUUAAAGCCAGGCGAAGAGGUAACUGAAGAUUUUCAACCAGAGGAAGAAGUUGGAAAGCCAGAGGUAGAGGCAGGAGAUGUUCCAGAACUAGAGGAAGGUGUGGUUGAGGUUUCAGCACCAGUUCAAGAACCAAAGGAAGAGUCAGACCCAAACAGAGAUGUAGUUGAAGUUUCAGAACCAGAGGAGAAGGUGGUUGAAGCUGCAGAAUCAGAGGAAGGAGUGGUUGAAGUUCUGAAUACAGAAGAAGAAGUAAAGAAAUAUGUUGCUCUGAAACCAGAGGACGAAGCAGAUGAGGUUCUGCAACCAGAGGAUGAGGUUGCAGAAUCACAGGAGGACGAAGCAGGCAUUUCAGAACCAGAGGGAGUAGUAAUUGAGGAGGAGGAAGUUGAAGCUUCAGGGCCAAGUGGAAGUGUGGUUGAUGAAAGUGUCGUAAUAGAGCCAGAACCACAACCACAACCACAACCAGAAGUGGAGGAGCAUGUAAUUAAAGUCACAGAACCAGAACAUAGGGAAGUUGAGAUUGGAGAGUCAGAGGAGGCAGUAGCAGUUUUAAAACCAGGUGAAGGUGUUGCUGAAGUUUCAGAACCGUCUCAAGAAACAAAACCAGGUACAGAGUCAGGAAAGGAGGAGGACGUAGUUCAGAACCUGCAACCAGAGGAGGAAGUAUUUGAUGUUAUAAAAGAAGAAGAGGUGGCUGCAGGUCUAGUACCAGAGGAAGGGGCAAUGGAUGUUUCGGAGUCAAAACCUCAACCAGAACCUGAUGAAGAGGUUUUUAAAGUUUUCCCGCCCGAACAUGAGGAGGUCAUUGAUGAUUCAAAUCCAGAGAAAGAGUCAGAACCAGAGGAAGAUCUACCUGACGCGGCAGAGCCAGAAUCAGAGGAGGGACUAGUUGAUGUUCCACAACCAGAAAUAGAAGAGGAAGCACUUAGUGCUCCAGAAUCCGAACAGGAGGGAACUGCUGCUCUCGAACCACAAUCAGAUGAAGACUCAGUUGAGAUCUUAGAACCAGAGCCAGAAGCAGAUAUUAUUGAACCACCAGCUGAAUCAAUUAAAUUCCUUGAUUUUGGAGAGGAAACUAUUCAGGUUGAUACAGAGUUUCUCCAGCCCAUGGGACCUGACUCUCACCUUCUCAGUGAGGAUAAUUUGCCUGUUGCACCAGCAGAUGUCCAGAUUUCUGAGGAAAACACAGGUGAAUCUGACCUUGAAUAUCCCAUCAUUGAUGACUUCUAUGAUGAAGAGGAUGUUGACAGCACUGACAGGCAGGUGGAGAGUGACACUGGUUCAAUAUCUGAUGAGGACACACAGUCAGAGACAGACAGGAGCGACCUGCAGCCUGAAAUAACUUCUGCUAUAACAGUGGUGACAGCGAUAGAGCAGCAAGACACAUCAGAGGGCACCGAAGUGAAAGAAGACUUGCCAGAGGAGACACAAGAAAGUGAUUCAUCCCCAGAAGAAGACAUCAGUGUAACAGCAGAGCCCAUGUCAGACUUCAUUCCUACUCCUCCGGCGAGUUUUGAUGUGUCUGAGGUGCCCUCGCCCAGCCCAACUGUAGACUCUGGCCUCUUUGAGGUAGCAGAGCAAUCUGUAAUCCCCUCUUCUCCUGAGUCUUCUGAGAAUGAGGGCAUAGAGCCAGAGGCAGAGGCAGAGGCAGAGAUAGAGCAGACUGAGCCAGCUGUGGUCAUUAUCGAUGAAGACUUAGAGGCAGUGGAGCAAGCAGGUGAAAGUCCAACCAGCCCACCUGUCCCCAAUGAGGACAUCAUUGACGGCACCGUACAAGACUUGGCGGCCGAGCUUGAACAAUCGGCUGUAGUGACCACAGAGACAAUUGACCUGCUGGACGAGGGCAGUGGUUACCCAUUAGCAGAUGAGGUAGACACAUUCGGCGACGCCACAGCGCCACCUCCACUGAGGUACCUGACCACACCCGCCAUGACCACAGCCAGUCAAGGCAGGGAGCUGGUGGUGUUCUUCAGCCUACGGGUCACAAACAUGAAAUUCUCAGAUGACCUGUUCAACAAGACCUCCUCCGAGUACAAGGGCCUGGAGAACACAUUUAUGAAUGUGCUGCUGCCGUUCCUCCAGUCGAACCUGACCGGCUUCAAGAACCUGGAGAUUCUCAACUUCAGGAAGGGCAGCGUGGUCGUCAACAGCAAGCUGAAGUUUUCCAAGUCGGUGCCGUACAACAUCACCGAGGCCGUGCACUGCGUCCUGGAGAAGUUCUGCUCCGCGGCGGCCAAGAACCUGCACAUCGAGAUCGACACUCACUCCCUGGACGUUGAACCAGCUGAUCAGGCCGACGCCUGCAAGUUCUCGGCCUGCGACGAGUUUUCUCGCUGCGCCGUGAACCGCCGGACCAACGAGGCCAAGUGUGUGUGCAAGCCGGGCUACGUGUCGGUGGCCGGCUCGCCCUGUCGGAGUGUGUGUGUCGUCCAGCCAGACUACUGCAAUGGAGGGAAGUGUGAGAUCGUGCCUGGCCAUGGAGCAGUGUGCAGAUACAAGGACAGCUAUUCCCUACCAGGCCUGGCCAGUUAAGAAAAUAUAUAGGAUUGGAUAACACUGGUGCACACUACAAGAGACGUGAUGAAACACAGGACUCAGCAGGAACACGGGACUCUUAAAAACCGCAGACGAUGUUGUGGCACGGACAAACAGCGGCCGGCCGGCGGUGAAACGCCUCCAAACACUGUCGCCUCCGAGCUCUUCAAAGCCCCCGAGCUUCACAGGCGAGGACACGCUCCCUCGUGGGGGAAGCAGACAUUUAGGCAAACUGUUUGACAGCCGUCGUCGGCAGUCGAGGCCCGGGCGACACGGAGCAGGCAGAUCUGUGGAUGACCUCAGACGUGGAAAAAAACUUAAAACUCUGCAGCGCCAAUGGAGCCGAUACUGACCGAUUGACCCUUGACUGCUUUUGUACAUGUGCUGAUUCUCUGUGUGUUUCUGUAGCCGAUAGAUUGGUCACUGUUAAAGCAAUACACAGCAUCUGAUGUGAAAUAUACGUAAUGCCGUAACUUCUGAUAAACACUUCUUAGUCAGAAAACUCUCUAAACCGUAGACGUCAAGAUGCCACUUCCAAUCAGAGAUAUUUUUGUUUUUGUUUUCCCGAUGAAGAGCGUGACACUCUGCAGACGAGCCUUCCGAGCUUAAUCGGCAAAUUAGGAGUAACAACUGAUUCCUGACAGCUGAAACAGAGCCAGCUGUGCGUCACCGCCCCGGCUCCCCUGCUGUGCACCUGAACCUCAUUUGCAGUGUGACCGCCAUCGGUGCAGAGAACCAGGCGAGUUGCAACGACUUUCGGUGAAACUUGAAGACUUGCAUGGGUCGAUGAGGUCGUGACGAGAGGCUUUUAAAGCUGCAGUGGUGAAGGAUUUUUAUGUAAACACGCCUUCAUACGCCUGAAUUACCGGCUGAAAUCACAAACAGUGGCAGGAAAAAGAAGAGCGUCCCGUCAGACCUGACUGAGACCGUCGUGUCUGCCCAGAUUAAUCUGUGGUGUCACACAGAGCGAAACAGAAACCAGCAGCCAACAAAAAGCUGGACACACCAGCCGUCGCUCCGCCUCUGCACCACCUGCAGACACGACAGUAGGACGCUGCCAAGUGCAGCUUUAAAGGUCCCAUACUUUAUUAUUUUUUUUUUUAGCAAUUUAAAAGUUCACCGUGAUCAUUAAAGAAAGACUUUGUGAAGUGUAUAGAAAAACUUUUAAAUUAAAAAACAAAACAAAAACUGUAGUGUGUUUCAGCUUCACUGUGUCUCAGACUCUUUUCUGUGGGCAUUAAUUUUAUGGUAAUGAACCACUGCUGUGAUUGGCCAGCUCUUUGGAGGGCGGGGCCUCAGGUGCAUGGCCACGCCCGCUUGGUGAGUGGGCGUGGCUACUUACGCUGUGGUCCUGAGUGAUGUCACCAAUCCAAAUGAUUUGCAGAGCCAUGAUUUUUAAAUAAAGAAACUGGCAAAUGG